CUCUUUCAAUCGGAAGCUUGCCGGCUAGCAAGCUAUCGCUUGGACUGCGUCUCUUGUUUUAAUUCCGGUACCUGCAAACAUAUUUUGACAAUUAAGUGUUCCAGCCAGACGGGAUGGAUGUUGGCGAGCUCUUAAAUUACCAGCCCGAUAGAGGAGCAAAGCGUCCCAGGGAAGAUGACGGGACAGGGAAUGGAGCAGAGGAGGAACCCAGAUCAGGGAAGCAGCUAAAGGGGCUGGGGAGCAGGGACCUGGCCAGGCACCGAGAGUCUGUAACAGCAGGAGUAGUAGGGGAGAUGAUGGACACAGAUGAGCUGACCAAAGACAAGAAGAAGAUUCUAGAGAAAUUGAUGGACGAGGAGGACGAUGAACCUGAGGGCGAGCCUGUGGAUGAAAGUUCAGUGAAAAAAAUGAUCUUGACCUUUGAGAAAAGGUCAUACAAGAACCAGGAAUUGAGGAUUAAGUUUCCUGACAACCCAGAAAAGUUCAUGGAGGCAGAGCUAGAUUUGAAUGACAUCAUCCAGGAAAUGCACGUGAUCGCCACCAUGCCAGAUCUCUACCACCUUUUGGUAGAACUCAAUGCUGUCCACUCACUGCUGGGCCUCCUCAGUCAUGAAAAUACAGAUAUUGCAAUUGCAGUGGUGGACUUGCUACAGGAACUGACAGAUAUCGACACGCUCCAUGAGAGUGAGGAGGGGGCUGAGAUACUCAUAGAUAAUUUGCUGGAGGGUCAAGUGGUAGCCUUGCUGGUCCAAAACAUGGAGCGACUGGAUGAGCAGGUGAAAGAGGAGGCUGAUGGAGUCUACAACACUCUUGCCAUCAUCGAGAACAUGGCGGAGUUUCGACCGGGCCUGUGCACCGAGGCAGCUCAGCAGGGACUCAUGCAGUGGCUCCUCAAGAGAAUCAAGGCAAAGAUGCCAUUUGAUGCUAACAAGCUGUACUGCAGUGAAAUAUUGGCCAUCCUGCUUCAAAAUAAUGACAAUACCAGAGAACUCCUGGGAGAGAUGGAAGGCAUUGAUGUGUUACUGCAACAGCUAUCUGUGUUUAAGCGUCACAACCCAGCCACAGCCGAGGAGCAGGAGAUGAUGGAGAACCUGUUCGAUGGUCUUUGUUCCUGCCUCAUGCUGCCAGCCAAUCGCGAUCUGUUUCUUCGGGGGGAGGGGCUUCAGCUGAUGAACCUCAUGCUCAGAGAGAAGAAGAUGUCGCGGACGAGCGCACUAAAGGUCUUGGAUCACGGGAUGAUCGGACCAGAGGGAACAGAUAAUUGCCAUAAGUUUGUCGACAUUCUGGGCUUGAGAACCAUCUUCCCACUUUUCAUGAAGACGCCCAAGAAGAUGAAGAAAGCUGGUGUGUCAGAUAAGGAGCAUGAAGAGCAUGUCUGCUCCAUCAUUGCCUCCAUGCUGCGAAACCUCAAGUCCCAGCAAAGAAGCAGACUCCUCAGCAAGUUCACCGAGAACGACUGCGAGAAGGUUGAUCGGCUGAUGGAGUUGCAUUUCAAGUACCUGGAGGCGGUGCAGCAGGCUGACAAGAGGAUCGAAGGAGAGAAACACGACAUGGUGCGUCGUGGGGAGAUCCUAGACGACAACAUGGAGGAUGAAUUUUACCUUCGUCGGCUGGACGCUGGUCUGUUUGUCUUGCAGCUGAUCUGCUACAUCAUGGUGGAGAUCAGCAACUCAGGGAUAUCACAGCUGCAGCAGAGGGUCCACCAAAUUCUCAACCUGCGAGGGGGCUCUGUCAAAGUGGUGCGACACAUCAUGAGAGAGUAUGCCGAGAGUAUUGGAGAUGGGAAGAGUGAAGAAUUCAAAGAGUCUGAAAAGAAGAGAAUAAUGGACCUUACAGAUAACUUCUAAUUGCACACACACACACACACACACACACACACACACACACACACAGAGUUUUCUCCUUGAAGGAGAAGUAAUAGGGAUUUGCGAUCUGCCAACGGUCCCUGAGUUGAAUCUGCCUCUCCUGCAUUUCAGAAAGCAGAGAAAACAUUGAUUUAAAAGACACUUGAACCAAUUUAAUCAGGAUGGUGAACAUGAAUUCACUCAAACAGUUAGUCUGUAUAUUAUCUGCAGUAGCUAAAAUUUUAUUGAAAUGAAAAAUAUGAGUAUUUGAAGGACAAGAGAUGGGAGCUUGAUUUGGGUUGGCCAUAGAAGCAAGAGAAUCGGCUCUGUGCAUAGUCCACUGACUUCUGGUUUCUACUGCAGCGGUCAUACCAGUAUCCUGUUUGGUGGCGUGUGCUAUUGACAAUGGCAUAUUUUUCGCGAUGCCUGCAAGAUUUACCAUGGAUAAAUGUAGACGAUAUGCACAGAAUUGUCGACAAACUUUCACCUGCAGCUACCAGCAAAUGGGUGAGAGGUUUCAAGUUGUACAUAUCAAGUUACGUCCACAAUUAUGAGGACGGUCCGGAUGGGCGGGCGGACGGACGGAAAGUUUGUGAAAGUUCGUCGACAAUUCUGUGCAUGUCGUCAACAUUUAUCCAUGGGAAAUCUUGCAGGCAUCGUGAAAAAUAUGCCAUUGUCAACGGCACACGCCAACAAACAGGAAACUGGUAUGACCGCUGCAGUAGAAACCGGAAGUCAGUGGACUGCAGUUAUGCACAGAACCGAUUACAAAAAAAAAAAAAAAAGAGAUGGUUUGGAAAUAUUGUACCCCUGUAUAUUGAGCUGUUUAGCUGACCACGUAUGGUCAUGAUAAUGAAGACUGCAGGAUAAUUACUGACAAACCACAGCAAUAUGUGCAGACUUAAUAUGGGUCGUUUCCCCUUGCUACUCCUACUCUGUAUGGUUUGUUUGUUUGUUUUGAGUUCAGUUGUAAAACAUUUCUAAUAAAAC